GAUUGCCGCACCUUCCCUCCAUCGCUGACCUGUUCCUGAACUGCCAAAGCAUCUCAACCUCCAUAGACCUCCUGUGUUGUCGUUUCUCUUCUACCAUCGUCUUUUAUUCUUGCUGAUCUUCGCCUUCUUGUCGAGAUUACUCUUAUUGUUUAUUCGAAGCUCUCAUUCCUAUCGUUACACCUUGCAAUACAGAGCAAUUUCAAUUCUUAUUGCUAUUUGUUCAGGCACUGUUCGAGUGUUUUCUGGCCUCAUCCGGUGAUCACUGGUCAUCUUCUGCGCUCGUUACGCUGUUCUUUCGUCGUCCUCUAAAAAACUAUCGCCAUGGGCAGAGCAUUGACCGAGGAAUCCCGGCGGGAAGUUUACCUCCUACCAUUGACUGACAAUGGCAGCCCUGACGUUCCAGGCGGCUAUAUCUAUCUGCCUCCUCCCACUGAUCCUCCAUAUUUUGUUCGCUUCGCCAUUGGGGGCGCGAGUUCGAUAUGUCGAGAAGGUAGUUUAUGGGUGAAUAUACCGACGACAGCAAAUGGGUUCAAACGAGACAAGUUUCGGGAAUUCAAGCUCGAACCGGAUUUCAACCGCACGUUGCACAUUGAUGUACCUAUCGUUGCUGCUGGCGCUUUUGCUUUUUAUACCACGUAUACACCAUUGCCUGAAUUUUCGACUUCUCCUGUGCCCUCGCCCAAACCGGCAAAGACUCCUACAUACUACAUUGAUGUGUCUCCGAAUCUUACGCUCACCAAGGUACCUCUGCCACUUGACUCCCUUUCCAUAUUCUCAGUCAUUUCCAAGUUUAUGGGGAAGUAUCCCUCAGACUGGGAAAGCCAUUUGCGGGGAAUUGGUCAGAGAGGUUACAACAUGAUCCAUUUUACGCCGCUUAUGCAGCGUGGCGACUCAAAUUCUCCCUACAGCAUUUACGACCAGCUUUCUUUUGAUUCUACUUGCUUUCCUCGAGGAGAGAAGGACGUUGCGGAACUAGUUAGCAAAAUGGAAACGGACCAUGGGCUACUAGGUCUGACAGACGUCGUCUGGAACCACACUGCGAACAACAGCAAAUGGCUUCAGGAACACCCCGAAGCGGGCUACAAUGUGGACACGGCGCCUUGGCUUGAAUCUGCCUUGGAAUUGGACACCGCAUUGCUCAAAUUUAGCCACAACCUCAGUCGGCUUGGACUCCCCACAACUCUAAACAACGUUCAGGAUCUCCUGAAGGUCAUGGAUGGCAUCAAAGUUCACGUCGUCGGCAGUCUCCGACUAUGGGAAUACUACGUUGUUGAUGUUGAACGAGGCGCAGAAGCAGCAGCAAAGGCUUGGGCUACUGGCAAAGUUUCCUUCCCAGAUGGUGGCUUUGGUGUAAGCGAUCUAGGUGAAGUGAAGCAGUGGAGUCUCAAAAACAAGGCCGAUUUUCUCCUGGGUAAUGGACUAUUGAGAAAUGACAGACUCGGGGAGAGAUUUAGAAGGCGCAUUGAUCCGGCAGUGGGUGCAGCUUUGUUGACUGCACUCUUUGGGCGGCUCGAAGACGCUGAUCAUGGUGUUACCGAGGGCUAUGCCCGCAACGAAUUUACUAAGAUCCUCGACGAAGUCAAUCUUCCGUUUUACCGAGAAUAUGAUACCGAUUCUGCGGAAACAUUGGAGCAGAUAUUCAACAGAGUCAAGUACAUUCGCAUCGAUGACCAUGGACCGAAACUUGGGCCUAUCACGGACAAAGACCCUCUAGUUGAGAGCUAUUUCACGAGGUUGCCAGAGAAUUCAACUACUGCGAAGCACGGCAAGAAGAGCCUUGCUCUCGUCAACAACGGUUGGAUCUGGAACGCCGACGCCUUGAUCGACAACGCUGGCCCAAGUUCCAGAGCCUAUUUGCGACGUGAGGUGAUAGUCUGGGGAGAUUGCGUCAAGCUUCGAUAUGGCAGCUCGCCGCAGGAUAGUCCUUUCCUUUGGGAUUUCAUGGCCAAAUACACAAAACUGAUGGCUAAGUACUUUGUUGGUUUCCGAAUUGACAAUUGCCAUUCCACUCCUUUGCAUGUCGCGGAAUAUCUCCUUGACGAAGCCAGGAAAGUCAGGCCAAAUCUCGCCGUAUUUGCUGAGCUGUUCACGGGUUCGGAAGAAAUGGACUAUAUUUUCGUCAAACGCCUUGGCCUUAGUGCGCUAAUCCGAGAAGCUAUGCAAGCAUGGAGCACCGGAGAACUUAGCCGGUUGGUCCAUCGUCAUGGUGGUCGCCCUAUUGGAAGCUUCGAGAUCGAUGACAUUGGCAGAAAUGAUCACAAGUCUUCUGUUCAACCGGGGAAACUAAACGGCGCCUCACCCAGGGGAGAGGUGGUACGCAGGAUCAAGCGGAGUCCAGUACACGCCCUCUUUAUGGACUGCACCCACGACAAUGAGGUACCUGCACAGAAGCGUGAUGCGCGAGAUACCUUGCCUAAUGCCGCUCUCGUGGCAAUGUGCGCUUCUGCAAUUGGUAGUGUUAUGGGCUAUGAUGAGAUUUAUCCGAAACUUGUGGACCUUGUUCACGAAACCCGCUUAUACCAUUCCGCUUCAUCACAGGCAGAAGUUCAAAUUCGAUCCGGAGAUGGUGGGAUCGGAGGAAUCAAGAAACUCAUCAACCAGUUGCACACCACCAUGGGUAGAGAGGGCUUUGACGAAACCCAUAUCCACCAUGAUGGAGAGUAUAUCACGGUCCAUCGAGUACAUCCGAAGACCAGAAAAGGAAUAUUCCUCAUUGCCCACACUGCAUUUCCUGGCUCGGACGGAAACAGCAUUCUAGCCCCAACGAGCCUACCUGGAACGGAGGCUAAGUUACUGGGCAGUUGGAAACUUACGGUAGAUGCCAGUCAGGAAGCUAAGGUUUCUGUUUUUGGCGAAAAGGGGCUACUGCGCGGCCUUCCCAGUCAACUCACUGAUAUUAACGGCAUCAAAGUAAGCUCCAAGGACAAUUCAGCUUUUAUUGAACUUCCAGGAGAAUUCCCCUCUGGUAGUAUAGCUUUGUUCGAGACAUGGAUUCCUUCGGCCGAGCACGCAGAUGGUUUAGACCAAUUUGUGACCAGCGGUGCACGGGAAGCCUUUGAGAAACUCGAUCUCGUCGACCUCAAUUUUGUUUUAUACAGGUGCGAAGCUGAGGAACGGGACUCAAGCGACGGCAAAGAUGGUGUCUACGCCAUUCCCAAUUUCGGACCUCUGGUAUACGCUGGAUUACAAGGGUGGUGGAGCGUCUUGAAGGAUAUUAUCGUAAACAAUGAUCUGGGUCACCCACUCUGUCAACAUUUGCGGGAUGGACAGUGGGCUCUAGAUUAUAUAUCUGGACGGCUCGAUCGCAUCUCGAAACAAGAAGGAUACAGACGUUUAGAACAGCCAGCAUUGUGGCUGCGAUCUCGCUUCGAUGCGAUCCGAAAGAUUCCAAGUUUCCUCCUUCCCAGGUACUUUGCGCUGGUCAUACGCACGGCUUAUCAUGCUGCAUGGGAUAAAGCCAUCUCUCUUAUGGCGCCCAAUAUCAGAGAAGGUCAGGAUUUCUUGCAGAGUCUCGCAAUGGUCAGCGUUCAGCAAACUGGCUACCUGAAAUCUGCCUCUCUCUAUCCUACGAAGAGUGUCCCCUGUUUGGCCGCUGGUCUCCCGCAUUUUUCGACGGACUGGGCUAGAUGCUGGGGUCGCGACGUAUUCAUAUCUUUGCGAGGCCUCUUUCUGGGGACUGGGCGUUAUGAUGAUGCAAAGGAGCAUAUUCUUGCAUUCGGGAGCGUUCUGAAACACGGAAUGAUUCCAAAUUUGCUCUCUGGAGGCAAAUUGCCGAGAUACAAUUCUCGAGAUUCGAUCUGGUUCUUCCUACAGAAUAUCCAAGACUACACGAAGAUUGUUCCAAAUGGCAUAAGCAUUCUAAAAGAGCAAGUGCCACGGCGAUUCUUGCCGUACGAUGAUACGUGGUUCGAAUUUGACGACCCUCGAGCUUACUCAAAAUCUUCGACCGUUGAAGAAAUAAUUCAGGAAGCUUUGCAACGGCAUGCAACAGGAAUGUCCUUCAGGGAAGCCAAUGCUGGCCCUGGCCUUGAUAUGCAGAUGCGGCCAGAAGGAUUUCAAAUUGAUAUCUCUGUCGAUUGGAACACUGGGCUUAUUCACGGUGGAAACCAACUCAACUGCGGCACAUGGAUGGAUAAGAUGGGCGAGAGCGAGAAGGCGGGCAGCAAGGGAAUUCCCGGCACACCCCGAGAUGGCGCCGCAAUUGAGAUUACCGGCCUUGUCUACAGUACGCUUGUUUGGGUAGCGGAGCUCAACAAGCGGGGCAAAUACAGAUUUGACAGUGUGAAGAUUAGUGAUGAUGGUAGAGGUAAAAUCACUUUCAAGGACUGGGCCGGGAAGAUCAAGCACAACUUUGAGCGGUGUUACUACGUCCCGUUGCAUGCCAAGGAUGACAAGAAUUAUGAUGUCAACCCCAAGGUCGUCAAUCGAAGGGGAAUCUACAAGGACCUUUAUAAGACAGGGAAGGAGUACGAGGACUAUCAAUUGAGGGCCAACUUUCCCAUUGCCAUGUGUGUGGCACCGGAGCUUUUUGAUCCAGAAAAAGCACUUUAUGCUUUGGCUUUGGCAGACAAGGCCCUUCACGGACCCACAGGCAUGGCUACGCUCGAUCCCAGUGAUCUCAAUUACCGCCCGUACUAUAUAAAUUCCGAAGAUUCAAAUGAUUUUGCAACUUCAAAGGGUCGCAACUACCACCAAGGGCCAGAAUGGCUCUGGCCAACUGGAUUCUUCCUUCGAGCGCUGCUAAAAUUUGAUCUAAAGCGAAGGACCACAAAGGAGGGCCGUGUGGAAUCCUUGCAACAGGUUACGAGAAGACUGGCAGGUUGCAAGCAAGCAAUUCUUGAAAGUCCUUGGGCUGGAUUGACUGAGCUAACUAAUAAAAACGGUGAAUUUUGCGCCGAUUCGUCGCCUACGCAAGCAUGGUCUGCUGGAUGUCUGAUAGAUUUGUUCUAUGAUGGUUCGGAGUUGUCUAUAGAAUAGACUGAGCUGGAAGUAGCGUCGUGUUGAUGUCCCUUUAGAAUUCCUUUCUGAACAGAAAUAUAUAUUAUUGUGAUUGUACCUUGCCACAGCUUAGCUUAGAGAAUAUACAGUUUGAUGCGAAAUUUGGCCUCUGUUUUGUGCUUGAACAUGUGUAUCAAAAUUCAAGGGAUAUUUCUCUUCUGUUGGAAAAGAGGAGAGGGGGGG